AAUUUGUCUGGUACAUACAACAACGAAGUACAAGAAUAGACAAGACUAUCGCACCAAGUACUUGUUGCACUAUUGUCUUAUUUAUAGGUCGGAUUAAGACUUAAUUGUGUCGAGGGAUAUUCCCCACUGUGAAAAAGGUUGGGUUGAGAGGGGCGAUGAUUGAUACAAAGUUUGGUAAGAAGGGUGAGGAGGAUGAGGUGGAAGAAGAAGACAUGAUGAUGACCAUAUUGGAAGGGGACGAGGCGGCAGUGCAACAGUCAUGGGACAACCGCAUUUCGAGUGAGGAAGCCAUCCGAUGUAGUCUCAGCAUUCCACACGAGUUUACGGUGGAUGAUGACGAAUUUUUGAAGAAUAUCGCCAAAGUGUAUGACCAAGAACAAGAACAGUUUGAUAAGGACAUUAAACAUAAGAAGGCCAAGAUGAAGUCAUCAUCAUUAUCAACUAACCAAAUGGAGUCGUCGACCACUGUCACGCAAGAAAGUGGUGAUGGCGUUAUUAGUGAAAGUUGUGCUAAAGAAAUUGUUGUUAAACAAAGUGGUAUAGUUCAAAAUAAUAAGGAAAGUCGUCCUACUCCGAAAACUAAACUUUGCUCGGUAUUCGCCAAAUACAAGAAAUGGGAUGAGGCGGAGAGAUGCAAGGUGGAACUAUUGGAGAAUAACAAGGUCAGGAUUGAUGACAAUUUCAUCGUGGAGGUUGACCAUUCAAACUACAUCAAGGAAGAGGAUGUCACCUUGGACCUUGAUGAAGAUUACAGAACUUGUUCCAUGCCAGAACUACCCACUCGUCCGUUGGACUCUUUCUGCGAGGCGUCUACUUGCCGACUUGGUUGUAUUUGUGCCAGCGUCAAGAGUGCGACCGCGGUUCGGAAACAUUGUGGGAUUCCAAGUUGCUUUUUCAAAUGUACCUGCCACAAAGAUCGAGUGAUGAGGGAUGGAAUCAUAUCAAGGUUACGACCGCGAGCGAGCCUUCUUAAUUGGCGUUAUGCAGGAGAAGAGAUGGACAAGGAUAAAGAUAAGGAGCAGAGAUCUCGUCCGAUCAACUAUCGCCAGUUGGAACGAGGCUUCGGAAUUUACCCACGACCAAGACGUGUAGCUGUUGCCGCCCCGCAAAGAUUUAGAAAAAAUCAAAAAUUCGUUGUGCCAAAAAAUGUUCAAAAUCUCAGAGAAUUGCGAAGCAGGUCGAUUUCGGCUAGUAAGCUGAACCAGAAGGAGUCAACAAUUGGGGGCGCCCGUCGGGAUCCAAGUUUCAUCUACUGUCGCCGCCCUAAUUAUCGUGUCAAAAGCUUGCCCAAAGAGACUGAAACGACUGAUGAUAAGUCCAUUCCUACUAAAAAUAAUAAUAAACUCCGUCCUAAACCAAAAAUAGUGGUAGACGAGUCACUAAAAACUAUUGAGACUGAACCCGAAGAAUCUAAAAAAUCUGAGGAACAAACACCACUAUUAAUUCCCAAAGUUGUUCAAACUAUCCAACGUGACGCCAUGGUUUUCUUGAUGGGUUCGCAAAGCUUGUGUUUUCUAACGUUCAGUCUAGAAUUCAAACAUCCUCGUGCCAUCAUAUACAAAGAAACAAACGGAGAUCAAGUCGAAAUUCCUUGGUUGUAUCUUCCAUUUCCAUCGCAUGGAGAAUCUUGGGUAUUUCAUCAAAUUCAGAGCGACUCAUGCUACUCCGAGUUUACCUGCAUCCCGGAAAUAAACUGUCUCAUCCCUUCGAAAGCGCUCAGAAUGCACAUGAAUUCAUCUAACAUCAGAAAAAAGACAGUUGCGCUGAAAAUAAUGUGGAUUGGGGAGGACGCUAAGCACAGACAAGGAAAUAUCUACAUUCUACCGAAUUUGCCAAACGUUAUUGUUUGUGGCCCAUUUCCGAGGCAUUUGAUGACAAGUAGAUUCAACCCUGAUUUCAACCCAAUCCGAAAAAUUGAGAACAUGUGUCUCUUUGCCGACAAUCUGAUAAGCAAAAGGUCAAUUGGCGAUGGAAAAACAUGGGAGCGAUUCUUUACUCAGAAAAAAGAACAAAUUAGUGCAGAAUUGCAAGCAAGGGUUCGGAAUGACACUUCAAAUAUUCUUCGGGAUAAACCAAUCCCCGCGAAUGUAAUAAUGGAAGGGAUGAGUGAUUGUUCAUCCGAUUCGAGUUCAACAUCUUUAGUUGAAGAGAAAGUGGAGGCGAAUCGAAUUUUCAAAUCAAAUUCGAAACUUAGUGUAUCGUGGAAUGAUGCUGUAAAGUUGUUAUCGGUAUUUCCAUAGAAGAAUCAGAGACUGAUUUUUUUACGUGUGGUAUAAAAAGUUUACAAAGUCUAUUAGUUUGUCAAGAUCAUAGUACUCAACGUAUUAUUCAACUUGAACAUUUCAUGGUUGAAUGAAUGUAUAUUUAAAAAAGGUGUCUCUUUUGCUACAUUUUUCUUGUAUUGUUAGAUAUUUAGUAUUUAAACUUGUAACGUCAUAUUAAUAUUAGUAAAUGUUGUCUUUAUUAGACUCAAAUGUUUGUGAACCAUAUUUUUUACACAGGUGCUUUUAGUACCAUAAAAAUAUUAUGACUUUUUUAAAACAUAAUUAAGACUUGAAAUAAAUCUCAAGAUUUACUUUAAUGUGUUAAUUCUUGUGUCAAAAAAAUAAGGAAUAAAUUUAAUUGAAAUAAAC